AUGUCCAAUUUCAAUGCCAAAAACCUCCAGUACCACUCCGCACCACCUCCCUUCCUUGCCCGUCUCAAAGGUGAAGCCUCUUGCAUUUACGACCCCUCGCGUCCUGACCCAAUACUUGUAUCCAACCGGCGUGCAGCAAAACCCCGUUCUGCAAGCGAAGAGGCAGAGGACCUGCCUGUGGUGGUUGACGAGAGGGGAGAGGUCGUGGAGGGGGUUGUUGUGGGGAAGGAUGGGGAUUUUAAGGGGAUGAAAGGCGAGGAUAAAGGGGAGGUGGACAUGAAAUCAAGGGAAAGGGUUGAAGGGCAGGGGGAAGGGGAGGGGAAUAUGGGGGAGAAAAAGGGAGUGGUGGCGAGUAUUGGGGCUGGACGGGCGGGGAAGAAGAGGAAGGCUAGGGUUGUAGGGGGGGGUGUCGAUGACGAGGGGGACAAAGAUGACAAACGGGGGGAUGGGGAUAACAAGAAGAGGGAGGUUAAGACUGGGAAGACGAGUGAGAAGGCGGAUGAGGAGGGCGCAAAGUCUGAAGUUGGGACAGCAAAACCGGCCAAGAUGAAGAAGGCAAAGAAGAUUAAGCUGAGCUUUGGUGAGGAUGAGGGAUGA